CUUCAGUGGAGCUCGCUCCGGUAACUGGGCCACCCGGUCCUCCAGCCGCGAAGAUGUCGUCGGCCUCCAACGUCAGUUUACUGCGCGAGGCUUCCCGGCAGGUCGUGGCCGGAGGGUCUGCAGGUCUUAUAGAAAUUUGCCUGAUGCACCCUCUCGACGUGGUGAAAACCAGGUUCCAGGUUCAGAGAAAUACAACGGACCCACACAGUUAUAAAAGCUUAGGAGAAUGCUUUCGGAUGAUCUUCCGAAGAGAGGGGAUUUUUGGCUUUUACAAAGGAAUUCUACCACCCAUUUUAGCUGAAACACCGAAGAGAGCAGUCAAGUUUUCCACCUUUGAGCAGUACAAGAAAUUGCUGGGAUAUGUGUCACUAUCACCAGGGCUGACAUUCGCCAUUGCUGGACUUGGAUCUGGACUAACAGAAGCAAUUGUGGUCAACCCUUUUGAGGUGGUAAAAGUUGGUUUGCAAGUCAAUCGGAACACGUUCACAGAGCAACCAUCUACUUUUGCUUAUGCAAGACAAAUCAUUAAGAAGGAAGGCUUGGGGCUCCAGGGCCUCAACAAAGGAUUUACAGCAACUCUGGGACGUCAUGGAAUUUUCAACAUGGUUUAUUUUGGCUUCUACCACAACGUCAAAAACAUUAUUCCAGACAGUAAGGAUCCAACCUUGGAGUUUUUGAGAAAAUUUGGGAUUGGUUUUCUCUCGGGGACAAUAGGCUCCAUCUUUAACAUCCCCUUUGAUGUUGCCAAGAGUAGGAUCCAAGGGCCCCAGCCAGUUCCUGGAGAGAUCAAGUACAGAAAGUGCCUUAAAACAAUGGUGACGGUCUACCAGGAAGAAGGGAUCUUAGCCUUAUACAAAGGCCUGCUUCCCAAAGUCAUGAGACUUGGACCAGGUGGCGCGGUGAUGUUGCUGGUGUAUGAACACACCUAUGCGUGGCUGCAGAAAACCUGGUGAUGAACUGAGAAGUGUUUUCCCCUUGGCAUAACAGAUGUAAUCUGCAGUCCCAUGAAGAGAAGACAGUCAGCUAAGCUAGACAG